AUGGGGGUCGCCGCCUCUCUUUUGAAGGGAGGCCGCCGCAAUCAGAGCAUACUUGUCCUGGGCUUGGACAACGCAGGAAAGACCACCAUGCUUUACACGCUGAAGGCGGGUGAGGUCCGCACCGACAUCCCUACCAUUGGCUUGAAUGUCAAGACCCUUAAGAUUCGGGGAAAGCUGAGCCUCACGACGAUGGUAUCAUGGGACCUUGGUGGCCGCGGCAACAUGAGGCCAUUCUGGCGAGCCUACUUCCAGGGAUAUGAAAAUGUAGAUGCUCUGGUCUUCAUGGUCGAUUCCAGUGACCUAAAACGGAUGAAGGAGGCUCGGAUGGAGCUUGACAACAUGCUCCGUGAGGAUGGUCUGUUGGAGAAGCCUCUCCUUGUCUUUGCAAACAAGCAAGACCUCCCAGGUGCCCUUAGCGUGCCCGAGGUUGUUGACAAGCUUGGCCUGCAUGGCAUCCGAAACCGACAGUGGUACAUCCAGGAGAGUGUGGCCACAGAAGGCAAGGGUCUGACUGAUGGCCUGGAAUGGCUCACCCGAGAGUUGCAAGACCGCAGCCGGAGCGACCGGCAUACAUGUGAGCCCUGUCUUCCUGUCAAGGGGCCAAAAACGCCAGAGCAACCUGAUGAUGUCUCGACGGCCGACACAGAGGAUGCCAUAGCAAGGGCGGAGGUCAUCACAGCACAUCCGUGA